AGUAGACUGCUAAAGUCCUUGCGCAAGAAAGUACAAGAAAUUCAAGGAUCAGACUAGUCUUGGAUAUUAAUUGCUUUUUAUUUUUUUUUAAAUGACUAUUUAAUGACUGCUUGAUGUGGAUUAAUAUCGUGAUAGUACUACAAGAUGCGAUAAAGCUUUAGUUAACAGGAUAUCUAGUUUGUGUUUCCUAACCUCUAUAACUUGUAUAUUCGUAGAAUUGACAGUUAGUAAACAAUGGCUCAUUCAUACGAUGGAUAUUAUAGUGAAUAUCACAAAACGGCGGAUAUACAACAAAAUCUUAAAUAUAAGAGGAAAUAUCAGAAGCUCAAAAGAAUUGUAAAAAAUACUGUGUUUGAAAAUGCUGCAUUGUGUGAUCAAGUAGCACAGAUGCAAAGGAAUCUUGCCAUAAUGAAAGAAGAAAGGCUAUUUCUUCUCCGAAAGCUAUAUCAACAACAAGGUGAAGUGGAUACAGUAACACCAAUGGGAAAGCCCCAAAUGAAUAAUUCUAAUUCACCAUCUUUUAAUACUGACAAUGUAACACCUAAAAAGAGUGUUAAAAAAAAGAGCAUGGUGGAUUUAUCUGAAAUGAAAAACAAGCCUAAGCGCUACUGUAAAGCAGCACGUAGAGUGGUACAAUUGAUACCAUUAGAUGUUCAUGGGCGACCAAUAUUCCCCAUUGCCUUGGGUGAUCUUACAGUUUACUCUCUUGGUGAAGUAGUGUCCGAUAAAAUUGCUUAUCAUACAGAGGAUCUUAUUUUUCCUGUGGGUUAUUGUAGUACCAGGAUGUAUGCAAGUUUAAGAAAUGCACGAGCCAAAAGUCUUUAUACAUGUAAAAUAUUAGAUGGAGGACCAAGACCAAGAUUUGAAAUAGUAUCAGAUAAUGAUCUUGAUCAGCCACUAGUUGGCACAACUCCUGACGAGUGCCAUUCUCGAUUACUGGCAGCUAUAUCUCCUACACUUCGUUCGAUUGCUCCAAAAGGAGCUGAUUUCUUUGGACUUUCUCAUCCAACCAUUCAAAAUCUUAUACAAAGUUCUCCUGGUACACGAAAACUAGCAAUAUACAAACAGCAACGUUUUGAGGUGAGCAAAAAUCAAAUCAUGCCAGGCAAUGUCAGCCCUGCAGGAGACGAGGAAACAGAUCCAGGAUUAGGUUUUGCUGCACUGCACAAAACAUUCGCAUUGCAUGGCAAUUAUAAGAUCAAAGAGGAACCAUUGGACCAUGAUCUACUGACCCUCCAGGAACUGCUCGUGUGACCUUACUAUGUACAUAUUGAUUUUUCAAAUGCAUUAAAGCACGAUUUUUGAAAUUAAUGAUUACAAGUUGAUACAAAGUAGCAUACAAAAACAUUUAUUUUACAAUGAAAUUGUAUGUACAAUUGGCUGACUGCAAUUAUAUUAUUAUAAAUAAUAGUUAUCACAAAUUGAUACAAAGGAAA